AGCGCGAAUGACAUCGUCGUCUCCUGAAGUACAAGAUUCUCGACGUAGAAACAGCAGCCAUUCUUCUCGUUUGACUUUAGUGUUGCCUUCACCUCCUACCACUCUUCCUGUUGAAAGUCUUCGGAAACCUUUUGAUUGUGAAGCUAUUCGUACUAGAAGAUCUGUUUUUAGACAAGGAGACACGGAAGAAAGACACCGUUUUGGUGAUCAAUCUAAAGAAAUUACCAAACCUGGAAGAAGGCUCAGCCACAAAAUGAGUGAUUAUGACCUCAGAAGUCGCUCACAGGGAAGUUUGUAUGAUGGUGGCCUUAGUGCAGAACAGAGAGCUCGGAAGGAGAAAAUAGACCGACGAGUAGCGGAGCUAAGGAAAGGAUUUCGUUCCUAUAGUCAGAUCAAGUCGUCUGAACGAAGACGUUGUGUGUGCUGUGUCAUUUUCUGGAUUCUUGCUGCCAGCGGACUCGCCUAUUGUGGUUUUGCUCUUCGUUGCAAUGUAGUGGAGUGCUGUGGUGGUUUUCAUCUGCACACGAACUUUACUGGACUGAAAACGGUGCUUCGUGAGUCUCUAUAUGGUCAACAUUUAGUGCCUGACGCUGUUAUUAGUAUGAUACGAGGUCACACUAAUAAUCCCAGUCCAACCAAACCAUUGGUUUUAUCAUUUCACGGUUGGACUGGCAAUGGGAAGAACUUUGUUAGUGACCUUAUUGCUGAACAUAUUUUCUACUAUGGUGUAAAGAGUCGUUUUGUCCAAAAGUUUAUUGCUUCUUUGGACUUUGCACAUCCAUCUUAUGCAGUAAGAUACAAAGAAGAAUUGAGACGUCAGAUUCUAGCAACCGUUGCUAGCUGUGAAAGACAAACGCUGUUUAUAUUUGAUGAGAUGGACAAGCUUCCCAAUUAUGUUUUAGAUGGUAUAGUGUCUCUUCUUAGUGGAACUGACAGGAAUGAUAAGGGUAUUGAUAUGAGGCGGUCAAUAUUUUUGUUUAUCAGCAAUGCGGGUGGACAAGAAAUUAAUGAUUAUGUCACUCACGUUUACAAUUCUGGUAGAUCUAGAGAGAGCAUUUUAGUUGGAGAUAUGGAACAUGUUAUUGGGCAAGUCAAACAUAAAGGUGCUUGGUUUCAGUCUUUGAUUGAUGCAAAUGUUAUCGAUUUAUAUGUUCCAUUUUUGCCGAUGGAGAGAAAGCAUGUUAUGUUGUGUGCAAAGGCAGACAUGGAAAGGAAGGGUUAUGUGUACAGUAUGACAGACUUGGAGAGAAUAGCCGAUGAAAUGUCAUACUUUCCUGAACAAUCAUCACUCUUUUCAGAAUCUGGUUGCAAGAAGGUGUCUAGCAGAAUAGAUUUAAUAAUGGGAUGACUUGGAAUGUGAUGUAUGAAUUUCUAUUUCUUGAUUUAAUUUGACAUAUUGUGUUUGUGAGCUCA